AUGGACAGAGCAGAAAGCUAUCUAGCACUCGACGGAUAUCUACUUGAGCGCAAAGAAAAUGGAGAAUAUAAAGUCGCGUCAUGGCAGAGAGUUAAACGACGCAUGUCCAAACAACAACAAGAUCGGUUCAAGAACUACGAAUUCAUAGAAGUUGAAAGAUACAAAGAUUAUGACACGGAUCUUUUCCCAUGUAAUUCUGGAGCUCUAUUUGAGUUGGUAGCGAACGAGAUCCACUUCUUUUACGUCGAUCCUGCUAGUAACGUGAAGAAGGUUACCACCACUAGAACAAAGUCUCAACUUUCUAAAAGUGCGGUACGCGAGAACGUUGUGCCUAUUGUAUUCAAAGGAAACAAGAAAAAGUACCUCUAUCUGGAGUAUGACGACGCUGAAGUCAGCCGUCAGCUGGGAGAGGAGAGGUGGAGCCUUAAAGUUGAAGAGGAGAGCCAGGAACUCAUGCUCGCAACUGAGCGGUGUAACAACGUGGUGUACAAACAUCUUGGUGCAGACCUGCUUGUGUUUUGCGAGAGGGAUUUGCAAGCACUACGUCGUUUCCACGCAUUCAGAGGUGAGUACAACGCCACAUGCAAGCGUGUGUGCCACGCUGUGUACAAAAUGUCAAGAGAUCGCAAAAUGCUGCGCUAUAGAGCAACAAGGACUUUUCGAAGGCCUCAGGCAGGCGAGUCACUUCUCAAGACGCUGCAGGAAAAAAGCAUCAACACAUAUUCACUCUACUUUGCGCCUUUUCUCUAUAUGAUUCUCAACAUUAGAGAAUUUCCUCUUUUAAUGGGGUGUUUUGACGACGAGGAUGACGUGUACGACGAAGUCGAGCUUCGGGAUGAUCUUUCGGGCGAGGUUAGAGUCGAACAAAUCUCGCGUAUUUUCAGCAGGAUGCUAAAGGAUGAAGACGGACUGGGUGCAGUUUUGGAAGUCAUAGUGCGACUCACAGCGUUUGACGUCGGAGCAGAGGUGAGAAGAAGUGAGCAAGAAGAGGAUGAAGGUGAAGAUGAAAUAUCCGAGGAUGAGAGCGCUGAGGGUACACAGAGAUCAAAUUCAAACUUGUGUCACCCCGCACUACAGCCCGCUCGGAGGGUGAGGAGGCUUUUAGACGGAAUCAAGUUUUUUGUUGUGUAUGCUGUGUUCUGCACG